UGACCACCACCCGUGCGUCUGUCUGUCCACCCUACUACCACCGUGGCCUCCUCCAUCUGUUCAGCUGAGGCCUCCGGGAGAAGACGCCAUGACCCCCACCGUCACGGCCCUGCUCUGCCUCGGGCUGAGUGUGGACCUCAGGACCCCAGUGCAGGCAGGGCCCCUCCCCAAACCUACUGUCUGGGCUGAGCCAGACCCUGUGAUACCCUCGGGGAACCCCAUGACCAUCUGGUGUCAGGGGACCCUGAAGGGCCAAGAGUUCUAUCUGUAUAAAGCGGGAAGCCCAGCACCAUGGAAAAGAGAGAAGCCACAGGAACCUGGAGACAAGGCCAAUUUCUCCAUCUCAUACAUGACAGAGCGUGAUGCAGGGAUAUAUCACUGUUACUAUUACAGUCCUUCGGGCUGGUCAGAGAGCAGUGACCCCCUGGAGCUGGUGGUGACAGGAGCCCACAGCAAACCCAGCCUCUCAGCCCUGCCCAGCCCUGUCUUGACCUCAGGAGGGAACGUGACCCUCCAGUGUGGCUCAGGGCAGGGAUUUGACAGGUUCAUUCUGACUAAGGAAGGAGAUCACAGGCUCUCCUGGGCCCUGGACUCACAGACACAGCACAGUGGGCAGUCCCAGGCCAUGUUCCCUGUGGGCCCCGUGACCCCCAGCCACAGGUGGAGGUUCAGAUGCUAUGGCUGCUACAGGAACAGACCACAGGUGUGGUCACAACCCAGUGAAAUCCUGGAGCUGCUGCCCCCAGCUGUCCCUGCUGUGUUGGGGGCGGAUAAUGAGGAAGGACCCUCAGCUCCAGAUGAGAUGUGGACAGGCCCCUGCAGAGGAGGAGCCCAGAGCAUGAAGCUGGAGAUGUCCCCAAACCCUCCAUCUGGGCUGACCCGGGUCCCAUUGUCACCAACGGGAGCCCUGUGA